ACAGCAGUGCACCAUCAGAUCUCAAUGAAGUCAGGAGAACCGCUUAAUUUCAAAGCCAUCUUACUUCAGUACCAAGACAUAGUGAAAAAGACUUUUGACCAGUUUGCACCAAUUCUGGGCAGUGUGUUCCAACAUGUAAAGCAGGAAUUUAUAAUCAUACUUCAAAGUGGACAAAUUUUUAUUUGGCGCGAAACUGUUCUAGAAAAUGAAGUUAUUUCCAAAGAACUUUCCAGUUUUUGUGAUGUUUCUUCUGACACAAAAUGGACAGUUUCACAGGAUUGGUUAUUUGCUACAAACACACAAGAAACAAAGGUCUGGAAUUUGACCAAUGGAGAAUGCCUACAGAGAAUUACACACACAAAUGAGCAGGCAAUGGGUGUGUUCAUGGUGAUGAAGACUCUACAGGUUUCUGGUCUGUUCACUAACGAAGCUAUUUACCUGUUGCAGCAAGAGCCACCCCCAGUCAACACUGGAUGCCUACCCACCAACAACCAUUAUCGCUCGGAAGCAUUGAAUGUAGCCCUGCUGGACCAAGAAAAAUUCCAGACAGAAAGUCUUUCAGCUCAGCGUAAGCUGAAAGAACUUGAGAAGAAUUGGUCUCAGUUUAAACACCAGAGGGCGCCUACGGACUAUACCAGGCUUACAGAUCCGUUCUUGGAGAGUUACUGGCUUCUGGAAGAUUUUUGGCAGAAUGCCAUUCUGUCUGAGGAAAAGGUUAUAAAUCCGUUUCCUUUCAAUGGAUCUCUGGAAGAGAUUAUCCGCCAGCUGUUGAACCCUUCCAGCAACCUGCCCCCUGAAACUAGACAGGUCCAGCUGAUGAUCUUGGCUAACCAAUACCCCGCCCUUAUCUUGACCACCUUCAAGACAUUCCUUGACUUUAAUUCAGAUGUCUGUGAGAAGAAUCUUCCAGUUUGGCAAUUUGUCCUUAGCCUUGACAACAAUGAUCUCAACAGGACAAACAUGAACAGCCAGGUCUUUGAGAUUAUCUGCCAAGUGAUUUUCAAGGAAGAACCACAGAAUUUGGUUCCUUUCGUGAUGAAAGCACAACAAGCUUACGAACUAAACAUUGGUGUAGCAGCCUUCACUCGGGAACGACACACAAAGAAGGUUUUCUGCGAGGCCUAUUCGUGUCUGCCGGAAGUCAACAUGUCUACGGAUCCCUGGGAAGCCGUCGAAGCCAAAGUACAACUGAUUCUCAAAAGUGAGAGUGGUCACUAUAUACUAAAGUCCCAAGAUGUACUCCUCAGUGCCGGCCACUGGGAAAGUGCCCUGUCACAUUUGCGUCAUUCCAUCACAGACAAACAGAGUUUCCGGCAACUUCUACACGUCACACUGAAGGCCAUGGCCAAGGCGCAAGUGCUACACAAAUACAUGAAUGAUCUCUCCAGUUUGUUAACCCUCAAUAGCCACAUUUCCUUGUUUGAGCUGAUUGAAGAAUUAGUCUGCACUACAGAAUAUGGCAGAUACCUACAGGAGUACAUCCUCGAUUCGAGUUCACCGAGCAAAGCCAGCACAAAAUGUCCGCUUUACAAAGACUGUCCGGAUAUCCAGUACAAAUGCAUCCAAGUGGCACUGACCAGUUUGAGCAGCCUGGAUCCAGAGUCUGCCGCCCCAGAAGAGUCGUUCUUACUCAACGAUGAAUUCACUUCAGAAAUGGAAAAGGACAUGCUCUCACCAAUAAGAACUGAGGAUUUCUCAUAACCUGCUGUAUAAAUGGUUACGGGUCAUGCCUAGGGUUGAUAAUGGUGUCCCUUGGUGCAUUGAUUGGUGGGUGCGAAUUUGAGAAUUUUUCAAUGUAAAAGAUUAAUGAGUCAAAAAAAAAACGAUAAUAAUAAAAAUAACCAAAGUAA